AAAGAAAGACCGUCUCCAGAAGCUUUUAGACAUUGCCCCGUCUACCGCAACAGACCUUGGCUUAUCCUUCAGAGCAGAUAAGUGUGCCUCGAUCAGUCUGACUUGUUCAAACAAUUCGCAGUCGUCUUUCGAACUUAAUGCAUUUAUAGUUCAGAACAAACCUAUCCCUCAACUUGACCGUGAAAACCCUUACAAAUACCUUGGUGUUCCUAUUGGCUUAAUUCAUGACCCUGAUGACAUCUCGGAUCUGGUACAGGACCUUACUCGUGAUUUGGAGAGCAUCGAGAAAUCACUGUUAGCUCCAUGGCAAAAACUGGACAUGAUCCGUACCUUCCUUCAACCUUCCCUAACAUUUGCUCUUCGUGCUGGUUUUCCCAAAAAAGAUAAUCUUUUGGUAUACCGUUCCCACCUCGUGGCCACAGUUCGUAGAAUAUGUGCACUACCAUCCCGUGCUUCUGCUUCUUACAUCUUCGCUCAUAAGCGCGUUGGUGGUCUCGGUCUGCUGGAUCCAACCCUUGAAGCUGAUGUCCAGGCUAUAAUUCAUGCAGUUAAAAUGCUCUCCUGUUCCGACCCGACUGUAACCAACGUUGCUAUUGCUGAGAUAAACCAAACUUUCCGACUCGCUAGCCGAUCUAAUCCAACCCCAGCUUUAAAAUCUAAAUACCUGUCUAGCCUCCCCGAUGACCGUUUGACCAACUUACGUUAUAACAUUCAAUCAUUAUGGACCCGAAUUCGUAAAUCGACACGUAACGUUGGUGUUGAAAUUCAAUUCAAUGACAAUGGUCUCCCUAUCCUUUCCACUGAGAACUCUGGUUUUGUUCUUGCCAAAGAAGCCAGUCGUUUCCUUCAUUUUCAUGCUCAAGAUCGUUUUGCUUCCACCUUACUUGCUCUUCCUGAUCAAGGAAAAGUGGGCCGUGCGCUUACUACCGACACCUUCGCCAAUGGUUCUACCUGGCAAUAUAAUGGCUUAAACAUUCGUUUCAGAGAUUGGCGUUUCAUUCACCGAGCUCGACUUAACUGCCUCCCAGUAAAUAAUGUCAAGAGUCGUUGGUCUAAUUCCUGUCCAAAAUGUUGCCAUUGUAACUUGGAUGAGACUCUCCCUCAUGUGUUGUGCCACUGCCUUCGUAACAUGCCUAGUAUCCUGCGGAGACACAAUACCAUAGUAGACCGCAUCGUCAACGCCGUUCAAAGUGGAACUGUCACCACCGACCAACAAGUUCGCGCCGCUAAUUUUCGUCUUCGCCCAGACAUGAUAGUAGAAGAAGAUAACAAA